UCAACCGCAACUAAGGAAAUCAAUUAGAACCACCGUUAUUCCUUUUGAUACAAACCUGAUUAAUCAAAUCAAUUGUUAUACGUUAUCAGAAUAAAAGAUACCCAUUAACAACACCAUUAUUUCUGCAUGCCAAUCCUUGAAAUGUUCGGCUACAUAAACCCCCAAAAAUGUUACUUCGCAAAAGUUCUCAGUGCUUACCAAUCUCCUUUUUCUCUAUCAAGAUUCAUGUUCAUAACCACCUUAUCCGGGAACCCUGCACACACUAAUGUUGGUCUCAGUGCUAGAGAAUUUAGGUUUGCUUAGUAGAGUGGCAGCGGUGGAAAAAGGGGAAGCAAACGAAAAAGUACCACUAUCAACAUCAUUUAGUAGGGUGGCUGCUCAGGAUGUACAACGCUGGCUUUCACAGAUUAGAGCUGCUACCCGCGACAAUCCGAAUAGGGACUUAUGGUGUGCUAACUGUGAAUCUAAAGUGGAACCUCACGUACACCAGUAAACAACAACUUAGUUACAGACGGCAAUGGGUUUAUAAGAAACUGGAAUGCGGCCUCUCAUGAGUGAUUCUUUUUGCACCAAGAAGAGGAAGGCAUGAUUCUCACCUGAAAAGACAGACCAUAAAAGUAAUUCUAAAUUCUUAAUGGUGCAUUGUGAAUGUUUUGAUUGCUGAUAUUUAGCGUGGAAACAAACCCCCUGUUGGAAUAUAUGCGGUUUCAGAGAU